AUGUAUACCGGAAUAAGGGGUGCUGGGUCGUCGGGUCGUCACUCAAGUGCUGGAAAUCACAAGCGUGACUUCACCCCGAUCCCCUCGCCUCGAUUUAACCGACCUGCCUCUGUACCAAUCGAUAAGGAGUCUCCAAAUCCCACUUCAAAUCCUCCCGCAGCAAUUCCCGACACACACCCGCCACCCCCUCCUAGACCUCCGCUACCUUCACCCAGCCCCCUACUUCACCAAAAGGCUCGUUUCGCCUCGAAAAAGGAGAUAACAGCCACCUACCUCACUCCAUCCCACUGGCGAAGCGAACAUUCUGAUGAGUACAAACGUACAGCCAGUGAAAAUCUUCAGGCUCAGUUGGCUUCCCAACAGCUACUACUUAUACAAAAUAAUAGUAGUAUCGAGGGUCUUCUGCCUGAAGCGAAGAAGCUAUCGGUAUCUGAGGUAUACGAGAGUGUUGAAAAGAACUCUGUUCUAGAGACUGCGGUACCCUAUGUCGAAGAACACGAGGAAGGAUCGACUUCUACCACCAGUUCAAUCGACACCACUCCGAAACCGACGAGAAGGGAAAUUGCUUCUUCUCAUUCUCACACUCCUGUGGUGGAUGGUAGUGAAGACAGUGCAAUUGGCGAUACAGAUGGUUCACCAAUUGUGAGUCAGGAAUCGCCAAAACGUGUGGAAGGAAGUAAAUCAAUCUUGAGAAAAGAUUAUGGGGUGGAGGGAAAGAUGGAGAAUGAUGAAAUGAAAGAGAGGAAAUCGAGCCCAGGUUCUCCGAAAGUUGGUGUUAGAUUCCAUCCGCUGGCAUUGCUUCUUGAUGCUGCUUUGGAGGGGGACUUAACGUUGGUUAAGAAAGCAUCGGAAGAGGCAAAGGGUAUACAUAUUUCGGUGUUUGAUGAUGAGGCUUCUCUCCACAAUGCCGUUUGUGCUGGUCGAUCCGAGGUGGUUGAAUUUUUGGUUUGUGAAGCGGGUGCUGAUGUGAAUGCAGGAGAUACAGACGGUUGGACACCCCUACAUUGCGCCGCCUCAUGUGCCAAUCUGGCGCUGGCUCGACUCUUGGUUGAACAUGGUGCUGCAUUGCAUGCUCGAACCCUGUCUGAUCACGAAACUGCUCUGGAAAAGUGCGAUCAGGCUGAUGCCGAUGCGGAAUGCGAGAAGUAUUUAACCGCCGAACAAGAUCUCCUGGGUAGUGCCGACAAUGGUCGUGUUUACGCUCUCUUUCCUCGAGGUCUCGAAUUCGCUGGUCCAGGUUCCCCAGAUGCUCAUAUUGAACCUGACGAACUUCCCAUUUAUCCCAACGAAGAGCUCCGUAUUAUCGACCGCUUUCCGAAAGAUGAACCUGAUUGGAUGCUUGCAGAAAAGAUCAACAUAACUGACGGUGAAUCAACUCCUCAAAAGGGUCUUGUACCGCGUGCCUUCAUUUCCCGCUUCAAAAUUAUUCGGGUACCUCCAGCUAGUCGGCCUAUGCCGUUACCUCCAUCCGACUCGGUUGCUAGUAGAUUUGGACGAGCUUUUCAGUCACCUAGUCCGAUUGAAGAAGAAACGGAAGAUUCGGAAAGAGUCUCUUCUGAGGAUAUGGAUACUGAUUCCAUUUUGAGGGAUGGGGGAAGCCCCCAGAUGAUUGAACGGGAUGAAGUGGAGGAAGGAGAUGGGCAAGAAAUGAUGAUGACGAUGGAGGAGAACAGUCAAGAUGGAGAGAAUGGAGAGGAAAUGGCUCUGAACGGAUUAACUGAUAUUUCCUCCGGUGAUCAAGUUGUUCGAACAGCAAUGUGA